CAAACAAUCUUACAAAUCAAUUUACACCUAUAAAAGAUAUAUUACUUUAUUUAUCAAAAUGUCCUUCUGAAUGUAAACCAACUGAUGCACUAUUUUUAGAAUGCAUUAAAAAACAAUCAG